AUGGAGACUGCGAAAUGCUCAAUCAUCGGGCUGACACCGGCCGCCAAAGUCACGUUCAAGGUUACACUCACGUCGGACCCCAAGCUGCCGUACCGAGUCGUGAAUGUGCCGGAGCAAGCCCCGUUCACGGCCGUGCUCAAAUACGUUGCGGAGGAGUUCCACGUGCCGGCAGCUACCAGCGCCAUCAUCACCAAUGAUGGCAUUGGCAUCAACCCUUCGCAGAGUGCCGGCAACGUGUUCCUGAAGCACGGCUCCGAGCUGCGUCUGAUUCCUCGCGACCGCGUCGGAGGCUGCAGCUCAUGUUGA